AUGACGGUAAUAGCUACGCCGGAGGUCUUGGCCGUCCUACAAACUCUGGAUGACUUGAGUCGUAAGAAAAAUGUAAUACGCUUUCUCUAAAAAAACCACUGCAGAUGCCGAAGCACUGCGAAAAGCUAAAGAAGAAAACGCCCAUCGGAACCUGAAUGGCGAUUUUUACGAGGGACAAUACGCGCAUGAUCAACGACAGGGUCAUGGCAGGUACACGUGGUUUGACGGGACGGUAAGUAUAUGCUUUUAUGCGGUUCUUGUCUAUCGAAAUAGACAUCUGAGUUUCCACUUCGACUUCAGUGCUGCCAAUUCUUGAUCUGGCAACCAAAAAAUAAGUAGUAUAAAGCAUCAUUUAACGACAGUCAUUUUCAAUCUUCAGUCGCAUUCUCCAAUCAUCUAAACAAAAAUAUGCUAAGCACAACAUCAGUUUGAUGUGUUCUGGUUUGGCCACACCGUAAGGGGGAGUUUUGAUUGUUUCUGUGUCACCAGUAAGACUGCAAAAACGCAUACAAAUUAGUGUCUAGCCAGCAUAUGACUUUAAUUGCCGAAGAGACCUCAAAUAAGAGAAAUGACAUUCCAAAAGUCAUAAAUAAAGAGGACCUGAUUCAAUGAUCACCAUAAAAUUUUCUAAAUUGUCCCAAAUAUUUAAAUUAUUUUGAAAACCUCGUGGGAGACUUGCGGACAACUUUAUCUCGCCACUUCAUUGAUAGUAGUGGGGCCGGCUAUUUUAAAACUGUUGGGUAUUUGGAAAUAGUGCCACCACAUCAAGGCUUUUAGUUCUUUGGUUUUGAAGUUAACAAACACAAGUACUUAGCAUAUGAUUUAGCAUAAUGAUUUUCUUUUAGCCUUCAUAAAUUGUCAGGUUUAAAGAUUAAAAAUGAACAUGGUUAGGACACAAUUCGCACAAAAAUACCAAAAGUGGAGCGGAAUGCAGCUAAAUGGCAAACGCAAUCCACAACUUGAAGUAUCUGCAUCUGUUACGACAUGUAUUGCCGAGUAAAACUGAGACAGAUCCUAGAUACAGGUUUUUGGCGCAAGGUUAGUGUGUUUGAUACGCAAGGAUGUUGGCAUUAAUGCGCAUCGCGCCGAUUUGAGCUUCGCGCACGACCAUGUCCACCGUGGUGCAGAGACGGCACAUUUUGUGUGCGUGGGUUUUCAGUGGCAGUAGGCUUGCAAAGUGCCUAUUGCACCAUCUCCUCCCUCACCCUCGGUAUCAGGACAGGACCGGGAAGAGCGAAAGCGGGAUCGGUGCAGUGACACGCGCUACACUCGCCUGGCCGCCUGCAUGAUUGGCCGGGUUUCAUAAGAAGCGAUGGGGGAUGGUGGCUUGGACCGCGACAGGGUAAGAGUGCCACAGAGACCACAUUAGGGAAGAGCCAUUUGUAGCCUGACUCUUCGCCUUGAAACGACCGAGUUACCCAGUCAAUUGGCAGCCUGUCGAAUGUGGUGCGAUCGACAAGACAAAGAUUCCCAGUCAUAAGUCAGGAAAGACGGAGUGAGUUGGACAACCUCUACUAUUUUAGAAGCGCUUACACAAAGGUUCUGUAGGCAGUCGUCGCGAGCGCGCUCUCCAGGCCAGCUGUUGUCCGCCUUCGAGUUGCUGAGGCCCAGUACGGCUUUUAGCGCACCAUAAUAGUUCAGAAGCGUAUCAGGUUGUUCUCAGUGAGGAGUAUUUGCCGAGGUCCUUGGUCGUGUGUUCUACACACAACCUGGUUAGGUCACGAACAUUAUGUGAGUUUUUUGCGUGGAUGCUUGCAUUCAUCGAAUGUUGAGAAGAUUGCCGUCGGUUCUGUAGACAAUUUUAAUUCUAAGACGCACAUCGCAGUACGCGUCCACCAAGAUGAUAGAGAACACGAGGGUGAGGACAGAGUCCUGCAUCCCUCUAAUGGUUGAUACGAAUGCUUCCGAGAUUGGCAAGGUAGGAUAAGGCUCCGGCACUGUCGAUGUUUGAAUUGAGCACUUAGUGCACUUUGUAAACAGUGUCUUUUUGUCUCUGUCCGGAUCUGAAUCAACGUCUGUCUAGUCUUGAAUGGCUUUCUUGGACUUCCCCGUCGUCAUUAGAGGUCCAUUCAUAACUCCGAAAGUUCUGUAUUAUUCACAAAUUUAGUACAUUAUUCUGCUUACUGGGCCGUUAGCUGUCAUUAUGACCGAUGGAGCAAGCUGGGGGACGGUUUCCAUAGUCCUCCAGUCUAGCAAUUGCACAAUGUAGUUUGCCAAAAAGGAGGUUCACAGGUAAUCGUAAAAUUCUUAAGAAAAGAAGAAGAAAUAACGGAAGCCGAAUAGAAAGGGUAUCAGAUUUGGAACUAAAAGUAUACACCCAAAAUAUUUCAUGUUGGCGAGAGAAUAACCUUUAAUGCAUAAAUUUUCGAGUCUGGUUCCCCAGCUCAUCGUCAGACUUAUGGGUUAUGUACAAAAACAGUUAACUAUUUAGCCACGUCGAAUAAAUGACUCCGUGGUUGGCCGAAGUCUGCGCCAGUGCGCGUCAAUGGUAUUUCGUCAUCCCCUCGGCAGUGGCUGCGUCCGCUUCUAUUUUUCCUUGGAAAGUUUGUAUAUGGCACCUAAAUCGAUAUGCUGUUUGAUGCAUGCCUCCUCUGAAUGCACUGCUUCCAGGAAUUCGCUGCCUUUCCUUAUUGGACAGGCGCCAACAAUGCGGGUGUUCUCUCAUGCAAAUUCGUGUCCAGUGUCCAAUGUGUGCAUAGCUACCUGGGAUAAAUGAUCUCGUCUCCUCACCGCUAACUGAUGCUCAUGUAUGCGGGUAGAGGCAGAUUUCCCAGUUUGGCUACAAUAAACGGCAUCACAACUGGAACAUGGUAUUUUGUAGACAACACCUUCCCUAUCAAGAUACCCAACCCUGUCCUCAGGGUGUACAAGCUGUGUACGCAGGGUGGUUGUAGGUUGUUGUGGUACUUGUAUCUGGUGCUUUUUCAGCUGUCUUUCGAUGAGUUCAGAUACAUUUUUUAUGUAUGGGAGGGUCCGCCAGGUGAAAGUUUUUGGUGCCUGGGUGACCGCUGUUUUCGAAAUACCCUUCUGUUUAAACUCAUGUUUCAUGCAAUGACGUACAAAGUCGCGCGGGUGCUCAUUGUGGGAAAAUGAUUUGAAAAAAUAUUUCAUUUCUGCUUGAUAACUUUCUUAAUCAGAACACUGUGUUUUAGCUCGGUUUAGCAGGCCAUAGACAGUACUCCUCUUAUGAGAGAUGGGAUGGUUAUUCUCAAAAUGUCGAUUGACUUCGGAGUAUGUUUCGUUAUGAUAAGCGGACGUGUGAAGGAAUCCAUUAGUUUUUCGGCAUACGAGGACAUCCAGAAAUGGGAGUAGGUUAUCAACCUCUGUUUCGAAAGUGAACUUGUUUCCUGGAAAUUUGAAGUCAAGAUUCGUGGAAAGGCGGUCUAACUGGUUUCUCUUGACAAUGGCAAAUGUGUCAUCCACAUAGCGCAGCAUUAGUUUUGGGUUAAUUUUUGGAGGGGCUAUAGAUUUCAGUUUCUGCAUAAUGGCUUCUGUUAGAGAGCCAGAUAUAGGCGAACCCACAGGAGCACAUUUCAGUUGCCGAUAACCUUGUUUAACGAAAGAAAAGUUGAUUUCUAGACAAAAAUCAAGUAUUUGGAGUAGACCGUCGACAGGAACAUCAGUAGCGUUGGCCUGAAGGAGUUUUUCGGUGCAGCGUCUCGCUAAAUCUAAUGGAAUCGCAAUGAAGAGGGAGACUACAUCGGAUUAAACCAUUAUCCAAUCGGUUGCAACGCUCACUCCUUUUUAAUUUGUCUCGAAACUCAUUUGGAUCUUCAAUGGAGUUGUUGGAUUUAUUUGUAAGGGGAUUUAGAUGGUGAAAUGGACACUUAGGGAUCUUUUAGUUUGGUGCAUCGAUCUAGGAGACUAUCGGUCGUAGUGGAAUACUCAUUUUCUGAACUUUAGGAAGUUCAUAUAUCUUGGCGGUUGUGGGUUCAUUUUGUUUUAAGGAUUUAGCCAAAACUCCUGAGAUUAAUUUCUUUCCUGUAAGCCGCUUUAGUGUUCUCAUAACCGUAGAAAUAAAGACCCCAGGCAUAUGCUGCAUACAAAAACUACUUAAUUUACUUGUUUAAGUAGUCUGUAGAGUAUUCGCCACUGCUCUACGCACAAAGUUCGCGUUCGGCUUCACACUUCCGCUUUUGUUUGUUCCCGGGCGUUGAGCUACCUUGUAGCUAAGAGAGAUUAGAAGCGAUCUAUUGCCUCCAUCCUCCGUCGUAGCCAUUACUUCUCAACUUACCAUUACCUACCAUGAUCUAAGCUCAGAGAGUUGAAAAGCCAUCGUAUCUCUCCAUCCCUAAUUUUGAACCCGAUUUACCGUUACACUUGCAUUCAGGAUCUCCAGACUACAAGCUGCAUACUUUUAGUGUAAGGACAAUCAUAUAUUUUUAUACGCUACCAUGAAGAGGACAGUUAGGGCUUAUGAAAUUUUGUAAUAGAUGUGGUCCCCGCCGUUGACUUUAUAAGUAGCAUUACUAAAUGUGCUGAUGAAAUGCUGCAUGAUUAGAAAUUUCAGGGUCUUGAAAAAUCUCAUAAGUCGAAACUUUUAACAUCGGAAUUAUAAAGUUUGAAGAUGUAAAUUGCCACCGAAUAAGAAAAAGAAGGAACAUUUUCAUGCACGUUUUCUACGUAAUAUAUUUGAAUUCAUAAGGGCGUCGGAAAUCAACGAUAGAAAAUCCCAUUAAUUAAGUAGUAACUUUGUAAGGAAUGUGGUUUAUGCAGGCAGUCGAUAGGAAGCUCAUUCCAAAGUCGGCAUCCUGAAGCCACUCAAAUACCAGGACAUUAUGCAGCAUGUCUGUUAACGUGACAACUAUACUUAGGUAAUCUUUUCGAAUUGAAAACUCAUUUCAGAACUUGGAUUAACAUUUCAAGAGACAGUACAUCUACUGCAAAUAUAGCUAAAGAUUUCACUUUUGUUUUAUAUCGGAGCUGUGUAGAUACACCAGGGAGUCGAGAGCAAAAGCCGUUCAAUAGUUCUAACCUUGGAGUCUCCAUAGCUUUCUCUUUUACGAAAAUAAUUUCAACAUAAAAGAGGAUGGAUAGGUAGAUGACUGUUCAAAUCAUACCCUUGUUUGCCUUCUCGGCAGAGUUCUUCCUCACCGUCUGAAAAAACUUAGUCCAGUAUAGGUGCUUUCUAAGAUGCGAUUGAUAAAUGCGAAAAAAUAGGCAUUUUUUCUUCAUUUAGACUUACGACGGCACUUUCUUCGCGGACAAAAUGCACGGAUUCGGCUACUUAGAGAGUUUGGAGGUGGCCUUCGUGGGAACGUUUUUCCUGGACAAACGAAGCGGUUUUGGAAUAGCACGCUUUUCGAACAGCGUUUUGUUCCAGGUGAUUUUGAUCUUUCCUUUCAUUAAUACUUAUGCCUACUAAACCCCCCGCAUCAGAUUUCGCUGCUCGUAACGACUCAAAAACAGGAAAAAAAUCAAUAUCAACUGAAUACGGGAACCCUGAAAGAGGCGCGCCGAAUUUGGAUGACAACAGAAAUCAAAAGAGCACAGACAUCGGAAUUUGCGAUUCACCCGCGCAGCCGUUAAACAGACCAAGGCUGCCGGCGCGGAACAGACUGGCCUAAUGCGUGAGUACAGUGGGACAUGUCCCAUGUCAGAAGUUCGUACAUAACGUCCUAUCGACAGUCAUUCACCAUAGAAGCAGCUCUAGUUGACCUCUGGGCAGGUCUUAGCUUACAACCGAAGAGUUGGUCAGACGGAAGACUUACGUUGACCUUUACUUGGUCGGAUGUGGUUAUGUAGCCCCACCUGAAGUUAACAAACCCCCGCCACCUGUAAUACGGGACCGGUGGUAACAGGGGGUUUUUACAGUUGGGGCCGCGGAACGCACAGGCGAAGAUGUCAAGCCGUUGUAUGCAAAAUUUAUUGGGAGUGCGUGGUUGUACUUCCAAUAGUCGAGAAAUGGUUGGCCUAACACCUAGCCCUAGCCCUAACCCUAACCCCAACCCCUGACCCCUAACCUAAACCCCAACAGUAUUGUGUCCAUUAGGCCGGGCUACAUAAUCACACCUUACCACUUAUAUUCAUUUGAAGGAACCUGUCUUUGGAUGAAGAAUCGAGAAGAGAGCGGUUUUUUUUCCUUUGAAAGGUCUCGGGUGGAGGUAGCAGCACCUGUCGAAUACGGAGACCGUUAAAUAAAGUCAAAGAAACAGAAUGACCUUGCUAGAAACAGGCAGUAAAAUUAGAUAGGAAAAAAUGAUUGCAAAGACCGAAUUGGGUGAUGCGACGGACUGUCGUAGUCUCUAAGAGUGAAGACGUUUCAUGCUCGCGUUAUACGAAUGCCUUUUCAUGGAUCCAAAAACGGAGUUUUAACAACCAAAGUGAAAGAGGACAAAUUGCUGGGCUACUUGGCAACUGGGAGCAAUAAGCAGGCGGCCACACUAAGUCUUUACACAAAACAAAAUUCCCUUAUCGCGAAAGCUUGCUUAGGAAGCAAGGUAUCUGUUGAUUUUAUGACUGAGCCAUCUUCUUCACAGAGUUACAAGCUCGAAAGUUAUGCUAAACCUUUUCGUCGGGUGUAGGCAUUUUGUGAAAGGUGCUUUUUUCUAGCUAUAUUAAAAGCACAGAAGUUUGAGUCAGUCAGCACAGGAGAUUCCAAAUGUUAUGGCUAAACAUAAGUUGAAGACAAUCAAGAGUAUUUGCUGAUUAGCUGAUGAGAUAACUAUUAGACUGUUCAACUUGCUACUCUGAGGUUGCCAUCGGCGGCUUUGGAACCUUAUCGAGACCAGUCCUUAAUUUAGAGGACACGGUUGGCUCGUAAGAAGGACCAAGUAGGUUACAUAACUAACUUUGACCAGAGGCGUGUAAAGGCCCUUCCGUUGAUUAACCGGUGAGCAAGUAGCGCCAAAACAGUCAGCUGAGUGUUCUUACGGCGACGGUGUCCCUGAACCAGUAUGGCAUGACGGUCGCAGUUUUAAUGCUACCAGACGUUUUACUUCUUAAUGAAUGCUGACUGACGAUUUCCCAUCGCCCGAACGCCCUUUUAUUCCACAUUCUCAGUAGAAGUUGGAGCAAGUUUAUUCCACAAAGGAUUUACGGCAUGUUUAAAUUAAGCUCAAGAAACAAUUUCCAAUUUUUCCUUACUCAGUAAAUUAAAUUGUUUCACUACUAGGAUUAUUUUUGGCACGAAUACAUUUCCGUGUAUAUCACUUCAGAAACAUAAACCUUCUCAAUCCCUCUAGGUGAACCGCAUCAUUGUUGAAUUUUCGUCAGCUACGCAGUUAGCGGAGUAGGAGGCUGAAGUUGACGUCAAACAACCUGAGGAAAAGUAGUUGAAACUGCGAUCAUUUGGUCUCUUAACUAAAUCCCUGCAAGAAGUCAAUGAAAACAGUUUUGGCAUUCUGUUUUAGUUAUAAUCAAAAUCUCCUCAAUAAGUAGUUUUCGCGUCAAACAAUAGGCAAUUACGGUUGGUAGAAACUCCAAACUAUGAAGGUCCGAUCAUUGUGCAUGGCAUGGGAACAAUUAGGCCAGGCAGAGUCUUAUGCUGUGAUGACGUACCGGAAGUCUAACUUUUACUCCAAAAAUGGGUCCUCAUGGAGGAACUCAUUCCGGCAGCCGUCAGAUCGAGUGCUCAUUACCCCAUUGGUGGAAGGCAAGUCUCUUUGAUCACUUAGUCAAAGAUUCUAAGCUUAUGUCUAACGGUCUUGAAUUUUGGUACGGCUUUGGGAGACCUAUCUCAUGAAACAUUGACUGAAAUUCUGAAAUGUGAUCUGGGUUAGAUAGUUCAGACAACCCAGGGUGUCGACCUUUAAAUGCGCAUUUAUCCGGUCGUCAAUAAAAAUCACACUCGCUAAAAAUGACUGCUUAUGGAGUUUGAUAAUAUUUCAUUGAGUUCCGAUUUCCGUAUAUAUCUAGACAUGUUUCAUAGAAAACAUGUGGAAAAAUAUAAGUUCUUGUGCUCAUUAUAUACCAGAAACGGUAACGUUUGAGUUUUGAAAAUGUCCACUUAUGAGAUUUUUAUGUCCAGAAAGUGCCUAUUUAAACAACAUCGCAUCUGUCCGUUCAUUACUGUUCCGUAUGAAGCAUACGUGGUCCAUAUUUAGGAUAAAAGUUAGUUAACUUUGUCUCAUAUUUAUUAUAAGCAUAGCAGAAGGUUGGAUGACACUUAAAUGAAGUGUUCAGCCUGCAGUUCGGAAACCCAAAAUGAAGGCUUAAUGACAGAGAUUAUUUUAGCACUGUUUUAGAAUUAAAAACUCUUCACAACUGGGUGACACCGUUUCUUUUGGCGAAAAAUUUAAGAUUGGCGCAGUGGGCCACAAAACAAACGCAAGGAAGGAAAAAUUUAGCUCAUAUUUUAUAGAACCCGUCUGGAAAAAUUACAUGCUACUUAGGUACUCAUUUUUAGCAAGCGCGAUCGUCCCCGUUGGCCAAAAAGACGUACACUCAAAAGCCAGCAUUCCGGAGUGACUGAGAUAGCUUGGGUAAUCAAACUCAAGUUAUCCCUUCUAAUAUUUCAUGAGAUACGUGACCUACUGUGUCAGCUGAGCACGAACCCUGACAACGGGCUAUCGAGGGUUGGCAAAUCCGGAGUAGCUCAUCAGAAGUCAGUUACUUUACCCAUCUUUUUUCAGUUUCAGUUUAUUUGAGGGAAACAUCAAACAGCUACAGAGUUUCUUCAGAUUGGCAAAGUUUUCGAAACCAGACAGAUAAACGACUUGUUCCAAAUGUUAAAAACAUUAACGUUACUAAAUGUGCUGUACCGUAGUUUGCCUAUGGGUAAUUGGUGCUAUCUCAGUUUCUGAGGAAGACGAAUUUAAUGCCAACACUCACAUUCAACAGACAUGGGACAAUAAUAAAAAACAAACAUUACUGAAAUACAGGCAGUAAUAUAACAACGUAGCUCUCUGAUGGUGAAACUCGUAGAACUUGGAGUUAAAUCUCCGGGACAUGACUUUUUAGGGUCAGAACCGAAAUUUCAAUGAACAUUUGAGUCGAAGACAAUCAACUACUGUGGAAUAACCACGUAAUGCCCAUUCUACAAACAAGUAGUACUACGAGUAGUAUGAAUUUCAUAUGGUAAAGGUAUUAUACCGUACUCCCGACCUAGAUACUUGCUAAAAGCCCAGACACGUGUUUCGCCGAUAUUCUGCCGCUGCGUGACACAGCUGCGAGGGGUUCGGCUCUUCAGUGGGACCCCCAGCGUUCUCUAGCGGUUUCUGGUAUAUGAACUCCAGAGAAUAAUCAGGUGAAUAAUUUCGGAAAUUAAUCAAUGCAGAACUUGGAGUUAAAUCUCCGGGACAUGACUUUUUAGGGUCAGAACCGAAAUUUCAAUGAACAUUUGAGUCGAAGACAAUCAACUACUGUGGAAUAACCACGUAAUGCCCAUUCUACAUACUACUACUACUUGUUUGUAGAAUGGGCAUUACGUGGUUAUUCCACAGUAGUUGAUUGUCUUCGACUCAAAUGUUCAUUGAAAUUUCGGUUCUGACCCUAAAAAGUCAUGUCCCGGAGAUUUAACUCCAAGUUCUGCAUUGAUUAAUUUCCGAAAUUAUUCACCUGGUGAAACUCGUGUUGCUGGGGCUCUUGUUACUGACUUCCGGCAUCUCACCAUAAAAACGUAACGGGAAUUAGAAGAUGAGACGGGCUAUGUCAUUUCCCUCUGAGCUUGAAACGCUAGUACUUUUCUCUCCAAUCUGAGCUCAGUGUUGCUUGCCGUCCGUAACAUUUCAUCGUAUCGUGACAUUUGAUGAUGAUUUACUUUAAGCAGCGGGCCCUUUCUCUCCUCCACCCACUUUAGGGCUUCUACGUCGACGAUGAACGUUGUGGCUCUGGAAUCCAGAUCUACAAUGAGCAGUCGUCAGAAUCCCUUUGUACGGACGUCGGUCAGUGGAGGCAUAAUCGUCUAGUUAAACUCUCUGUCGAACUGCCCGAGGCUGUUAAUCCGCUAACGGAGUUUCCCGAUUACAUGUGGUAUGCGGAUACUUGGAGUAAUUCCCGAAGCGGCAGCUUAGUUAGUGAGCGUCAGCCAUCAGAUUCUGUGGAAGAGGUGGCCGCUUCCAUGAGUAUGGAAAUAAUUACGGUUUGUUCUUCUAAUCAGACUACUAUUAACACUUCUUCCAAUUUGCUCUCAACUAUUUGUCUGGCUUAAUAUUAGCAUUAUUCUGUGAUGUUCUCUAACACUUACGUGUUCUGGGUAAAAUGAUUUGCUUUAAAGAAGGCGAAACCAUGGCACUUUUUUUCUUCAAUUCAUGACCAGGUAUAGUCAAUAUUAGCUUACCUCAGGGACGACAUAUUGUUCAUCCGACUUUGAAAUAGAUCUGCUGGACUCAUCAGUCCUAAUCAAAUGUGAGAAAAAGGAAGUCCCCACCAGAUCAAGCGAAUCGCACUGCUAACGUUUCUGAGAGCUUGACCGGCUCUCCAUUAUGAAAUCGUUUAGUGCAAAAAUCGACCAUAAUUUAUUAAUAAACGAUCCAAUUAGUUGGUCUUGGGCUGGUCAAUUGUUUUAUUCUUUCGCCGCCUUGGCCUACUGGCUGUCAUUUUCGAGUGUUGGUGGCCUCCUGUGUUGUGUGUCGUCACUCCAAUCGGAGUUAGUUGCGUUUGCGUCCUCCUUUUGGAUGAAUUAGUCGACAGGUCGCGUUUGCGCUGCAUUUUUAGGCUCUGUGUGAACGUCUGGUCCUGAUCAUGGCGCAUGUAAUGACUUAGGGCUUUGUAGGCCGCAGAAGGUCUAGGUGCCUGUUGAUGGAGUUGACAUCUAAGAACCAAGCCUCAAGUGUAAGACGUUCUGUCCUUGAGGUGCCCUGGCCUAAGACACUUGCUCCUUGAAAUUCAAAACUGUGGCCAGUUUCUCAGAUGUGAGUCGCAAGCUGUGAGUUUGGGUCAGAUCUCCAAGUUGCCAGUUUGUGCUCAUGUAGGCGGGUCUGCAGUUUUCGUCUGGUUUCCCCAACGUAGUUGCAGGCUCCAUCGUUGUAACGAUGUAGAUUCGGCAUCAUUUGCGGAGAUAUCCUCCGUAUGCAUGUCUUUUUCAGACUAAGAAUGAACUUUUCUGAAUUAAUGAGUACGCUCUGCUAAAGCCAGUCGUGACAUAAGUGCUUCGGGGCAACCAAUACAGAUGACUAGGGUGAAACGCCAAGCCCUUAAGAUGAUAAAAUUGCGAACCAACGAUGCUAACUCCCCACUCCCCUGGCAACAUGUGUGUACUGUGGACUGACGUCCAGCGCACGGACUAGCCACGCUGGGUCCUUUGAAUCAACCGAACGCCAACGUAACCAGAAUACUCUCUAUAUAAAACAAGACUACAGUAUUAUAGCUGUAGACACCCCCUACCUGCCAUUUAACCAUUUCGCUUUUGGCCCUUAUCGUCCCCCUUGCGGCUGUGGUUUUCGUAAAAAAAUGUUUUUACUAGCAAAGUUUAAGUAACAAUUUAGUCUACGAAACGUCCCAGUCAAGGUUGAAUAUUGCAGACCAUGUCCCAAGUCUCGACUCGCCACGGUCGGACAUCUUUGUAUCCACUGUAAGGGGAAUGCUGUCAGGACGCACAGGAAAACCACCAAAAGCGGUGACAAAGUACGAACAUGUCAAAAUCGCCACUGAAUAUUCGAAUUAUGUAUCAGCCUGGUCAGUCACCUGUGAGUCUUUUGCAGUGUGACUGGAGACCUCUUACCCAGGAGCUCUGGUCAACAGUCGUUUUAGUGCAUUCGAACAACGUAUAACCUAUAAUGAUCUCUACAACAGCACACUCUACACACACACACACACACACCACACCUCACUCCUGCAAGGGUCGUACAAUUCAAUUUGUAAACGACGGCUAACGGUCGAGCGUGAACACGUGUAUCCUCCGCUCGUGAGCUGUACAUUUUAAUUGAGAGUGGUUUUUGUGAAUUCGCGAAACAGCAUGUGUGUGGCAAGCUUAGACGGUAGGUCCCAUCUCACGUCACCUACCGCUGUAAGCCUUAAUUACAGCUAUUUCGGCGUGUAUAAAUACAAAAACGUACUCUGAACAGAGAAUGUUGUCCAAAGACUUCUGGAUAUUUCCUCAUUGUGUGGGAUUUUUAGGGGAAUUCCGAAAUAUUUGUAAGACUUAGAAACCGAGCCUUUAGAAUAAAAUUCGCCUGAAAGGUAGGGGUAAGAUUCCGUGGACAGCACAUUACUUUGGAUGCAUUUUUCCCUCCCACUUGAGUCCUGGCAAUUAACUCUUUGUCUGAUUUACUGAAGAAUUUAUCCGCCCGGAAACCGGUCCACGUAUGGGAGUCCGCGAGCAUCGAAUUUGAGCGCGACACUGCCUACAAGGCCUUCGUGCGUCUUAUCAAGUCCUCCAAGGAAUGGGAAUCAUGCCAAAGCAGAUGGCCGCUGGAGUGAGUAUAGACGUCCGAAGUGGGGUUGACAAAGUUUUCCAGCCUCUUUUCUUCCAAGAUCCUGCCUUUCCGUUCUAGGCCUGUGAGAGAAGACGACCUACGCACGGACCCCCGAUUAAGUGCCUUCGUGCGCGACCUUGCCAAACAACGUGGUCUGCCGUCGACUGAAGAGGCCACUGCCCUCCUCCAUCCUCUUGGUCCGCACUCCCGGGCUGCCCUCCAGUUCUUGAAGUUGUGCCAAUCAAGCAACAAUCCUGUCGUCAGGAGCCUUCUCUCGCGCAGUCUUUCCUCGCAAAGUGAGCUAGAGAGCACUCGCUCCAUCCAGGUGGACGUGAACGUGGCAGACGCUCAGGAUCGCACGGCCCUCCUCAUUGCUGCUGUAAGGCUGUCUGAGCAUCCUUUUAUAUUCUUGGUGAUGAAGAGACUGUGAGAGAUUGGGGGCUAAUAGGCAGUAGUACACCCCUCCUCCCAGUAUCUAUGCAUCCAUAGCAGCCGGUGUUGUUUUACAUGCUACUACCUGCCAUCCCUCCCACUUGGUUGCAAUCCGAGCUGCCUGCCCCCUUCCCUAUGCAAAACGGGUUCGUCGCGCCGCUGUGUUUGUGGUUAUAACAGAAAGUUGUUUCUACUAACAAAGUUUAAGUAACUAUUUAGUCUACAAAUGUCCCAGACCGAUCCUGCCUCUGAUCUCGACAGCGGGCUUAUGUAAGUGAGGGAGGAGGGAGUUUGGCGAAUGCUGCACAAGCCACCGUCCCUACACCCCUUCUCCAGUGGGGCACACAGCAUAGUUCUCGAUGGCCAAACGGUUAAACUACCUAUUGCGGAGGCCUUCACCGAGUAUAAAAGCAUUUCGGAUUGAAAUGUUUGAUAUGUAUUAAAGCAACUUUUUUUCCUUGAGUUACAUUUAACAUCACGAUUGAUCUGUGGCGUGAAAUAAACUGGAGGAAGAGGAAUUUACUCGACUUUGCGGUAGUCUAAUGAAUCGUAUUAUUUUCUACGUAAAUCCUCUUCUCGAUGCCAUUCAUGCUUAAUCUCUCAACAAAGCAUGCGUUUAAUUAUGAUUAAGAAAUACUUUUAUGGUAGAAUAAAUCAGGUGAGACUGAUGAAUUCAGUUUCUUAGGGGUAGGAAUUCCGAGACAGUAUGUGAUUAGAGCGUUGCCCGUUAGGCUUACUUUCGUCCUGUACAAGUCAUAUGCCUGGCUGUUUCGAACAAUCCGGACUGAAUGAUUCUAAAAUAAAUAUGUCCCCUAAAAUCUUAUUGAAUGUGGCUGCAGAGCACUUUGGGUUUUUGACUUAAAUCCCUUGCAUGCUUUUUAUUCAGCUGAUCACCGAUACCGUAAAGCGUCUACCGGACGUGGGUUGCUAUGCCAGAAAGGCUUUGUGCGUUAUCAUAUUUUUAAGGACUAUAUGCGUCAAAUUUCAUAGUUCUUCAAAUAUAAGCGAAACGUUUUAGGCUUGAUGCUAAUAAAUACAUCCUCUUAACGCAAAUUUAGUGUAAUUCAUACCGCAUUUUGUAAGAUUUUAAAAUCCUUUAUGAGAAACAUAAGAUAAACCAUCCAGACAAUAACCGUGUCCUGCGGGAGACCUUUUGAACUGCCUGGAAAGUUUCUAUGUAAUACGGAUGAGAUUAGUGGCCUACUUGCUCCACUUUUUCCUCUCGUAGUUGUCGCUGAACGUGGAUUUGGUAAAGGUAUUGCUGGACUUUGGAGCUGAUCCAAAUCAAGUCUGCAUUGGAAAUCUGACAGUCCUAAACAUCUGCAUCAUGCGUUAUCUUCGUCAGAAGGCAAAGGCCAAAACCCACAACAAAGCUCAACUGACCUCCAGGUUGAAAAACCAUCUAAUAAUGUGUUCAUCCUGCAUUGAAAACGAAGUCCCUCGGAACAGUGAGCUGGAUUCGGCCGAACAAACUGACUGUGAGAGUGGGAGUCCAGGUGCGAGUGAAGAGUCGGAGUGCAAAGCCCUCAAGAAGAAGAUCUGGCACAGAGCGGAGCUGCGAUGGCAGUUGACUCCCGAGCGCGCCAUGGCCCUGGCCGCAGCACCUACUUUGCCGCGUCUGAUCAUCGACUCGGACGGCGGCAAACCAGAUACAAGUCCGUUCUCUGGUUUCAAUUUUUGACACGACCCCAAACAAUUGUUUCUACUAACAAACUUUAAGUAACUACUUAGUCUGAAAAUUAUCCCGGCCGGUGUUUGAAGCUGAGUUUUAUACGUCGACAUCUAGGAUCAUGAUUUCUAACAUUAUACACUCUAAACCCGGUUUCCUGCGAACUUUUUCUGAGGACGAAUAAUGACCAUUCUGACAAUUAUCAGUUGCCAACAUGCUAGCAUAAAAGUAAGUUUUUGAAGUCCUUAUAAUCUGAGAAGAUUCUUUAUUUCGCAUGCAAAUAUCCCAUGUCUCGCGUAAUUUACAAGUCAGCAAUAACUGCGAAUCCUCCAGUCAUGCCACCACCGUCAAGAAUGCGGAAAGGCCUCUAUGCUUAUUCUCCUGCGUCUGCUUCCUUACCGUCAAAUGUUAAGGACGGUGGGUAUAUUGACACACGAAACCGGAAAAGUCUGCCGAGUCUGCUGAGGCGUCCGUGCCUUUGCCUCCUGCUGUACUUCUUCAAAAGCCUUUGCCAUCGUUAAUCUCGUAAAAAACGAUUUCUUAUUUGAGUUCAAGAAGACUGAUCUGAGGCUGCAUACAUCCGGUAGAUCUUCAGUGCAUAAACCUCUCAGAAAUGCACGUGUUUCUUUUACUCAAUGUAUAUACAUAUAUCGUAUAUCAUAUAUAUUUGAUAUAUAUACAUAUAUCAUACACGGGAUUUGGGUAGACGUUUACGACUUUUUGUCCAAUGAAUAUUCGGUCAUACACUUGGUCAAAAUCUAUUCCUCAGGUAGGCUACCCACUGCUACAUUAAAGACGAUGAAUAAGUCGCUAACCGCGGAACCGAAGUUUACUCCCAUUUCAAGGUUCAAGAACAUCUUCAGUACAGGACAUGAAGGCAUUCCUGGGAUCUCAAGGGUUAACAACCCAGGAGGCAAAAGGUAAGGACUGACUAUUCCUCACAGUUUACAUGAUUUUACAUUUCGACCAAAAACGUGUGUGCUGGCCUUAAGCUUUUCAAGGGUUGAAUACCCCAUUCCCCAUAUUAACGGCGUCUUUUUGUUGGGUGAUAAAUGUCGCACAGCCAGUAACAUUGUAUCAUCUGCUGGGGUGGGCUAGACGAAAUGAAUGCCUAGUUAAACAGCUGAAAGGAUAUGUGUCUUAUCACUGUCGACAUACCAGACGGCUGUACGGGCUUCUCAUCCGCCAUGGUUUUCGACAGUAUAAGAUGUUCUACGUUUUUGGGAGCACAGACUGUCUGGCGUACUGUCGAGGAUUUAUUUUCGCUAUUUGGUCUCCAUGUUUAUGCACUUUGUCUUCAGGCCAAGCAAACAGAUGCGCUCUGCCUGUGCGGCAACAAAAAGCGUGUACGAAAUUUUCGAGUUUGUAUGACUAUGAUUACUCGAUAGUUUGAUAGCUCGAGCGCCGGUUUCGACGAUGUCCACCGUGUGCCUCAUAGUAGAGUAAGAGCAGGUACGGCGACUUGUGGGAAAAUUUAGUUUGUAGUGAUAGUGGACUUGCACUGCAUCUACCGCACUGCCUCCUCCUCCCCACCUGGGCUCCGUGUCAAAACAGAGUCUAGAAGACCGGGGACUGGGGGGGGGGGUGCAGGCAGAUGGCAUGGUGGAGUCCGCACCUUGGCGUUCCACCCCAUACCCCCUGGGCCACGCAGCAAAUGACCAGGUUUUUAAUCAACAACAACACGGCAAGGUCCCAGUGGGCGCGACGUACGCCGGAAACUGGGUCCGCCGCGGCACUCACAAAUGUUGACAUUUGUUAUGGUGCGCAAUCCGAUAACGCCUAACGGAUUUCAAUAUGGCCGUCGUGUUUGUCCAGCACAUCGACCACGUGGUCCGUUUGGGGGCAGUAUGUGACUACUCAAUGGCAGUUUCGGGGACAGACAGGUUAACAUGCUAACCGAAAGCGAUACUUAUGCUGUCAUUCCAUUCUACCGCGCCCGGCAUACACACCGAUCAGACAUAUGGGUCAUUUUGAGCGUGGCCUCAGACGGAUACCUCAGGUAAGCAUUAGCAGGGGUCAGCCAAUCGCAGGCGUCCACACAGCCUGCCAAAGGUUCUGUGGGCACGGGUUCGCGUCGGCCGACACACACACAGCCUUCCCUCACUUUAAGCUAACGGCCUUAGACCCAACUUACGAAUAAAUUUGACGUCAUUUAAACGUAUAGUUUUACUCCGCCGGCGCUUGAGAUGUCGAGAGACCGCACGGGCCAUCGUCAUCCACUUGAAAGCCCUAAUAGAAAAGAGCACAGCGAUUACCUGAACAUGCAGAUAAGCAGAGGUGAUGUCCAUUACUGCCUUAUAAAAAUUCGUCAACUAGCCUUACCUAGCACCAAUUUUGCGGCUAAUAAGCCAGAAAUGGCCUUCCAGGUUUGCCCCAACUUUGCCGAUAAGGCCUUAUCUAAAUAUACUAAUAAUCACUGUAGAACUGUCCGCGAGAACUCUAGAUUGAGUCCCCCUCCCCUCCCAAGACACUACCGGACGAACAUAUCCUAUAACCUGAUCGGUUGGGCCCUCCUACGAUGGUUAAUAUUCCCAAUCACAACCGACAGGACAGCGAGCCCAUGGCCCGAUGGUUAGAGCGCCUAACUUACUGACGUUCUAUGACCAAAGAACGCCUGUCCGGACCUCAGGUUCCCAAACCUGAGGUCAGGUAGGGCAAGCUGAUGACGACUAACAAACCAGAAUCGGACGUCCCAGUCUUCCUUGACUGUAUCGGAACACGACACUUCGACCGUCGUUGUCGACGAUGUUAACCGUAUGCUUCACAACAAGGUGUAGGAGGGAUGAUGACUUGUGUGCGUAUUAGUUUACAGUCAAUUCAGACUUGCACAGCAUCUACCACACUCUUCCCUCCUAUCCCACUUGGAUCCCGUGUCAAGACAAAGUCAAGAAGACCGGGGGCGGGGGAGGCGCGGGUGGAUGGCACGGUCGUGCCCGCACUCUUGCUCUCCUUUCACAACCCCCUGGUCCACACAGCAAAUAACCAGGUUUUUGACCAACAACAACAAUGGAGGUGGGCGUCAGGAGUCCCGGUGUGCACGACGUCUGUCGGCAACCAGGUCUGCCACCGCACCUCGAAAUUUCGGCAUUUGUUAAGGUGUGCAAUCCGAUAACAGCCGCCAGAAUGCGCUAUGGCCCCCGUGUUGGUCUAGCGCAUCUACCACAUGGUCCGUUUGGGGGGAUGGGCGUAAAUCGGAGCACACCAAUCGGUUUCCGGUCCCAGCCAAAAAGGUGUAACUUAAUAACCCGUCGCAGUUCUCGUUACAGUGCUACCAAGAGUGAACCCAGAAAUACUAAGCCUUAAGAACAUGUAGCAUUGUCAGUCUCGUGAUCAGGUACAACAAGAAUUGGGAGUAUUCUAUAGACUGCUUGAAAUCUUUCUGUUAGUGAGGCCUCCCUGUUUGUUAGGAGUUACCGUGUUAGGAGUUAAUUCACCGAACCACCACUGGAACUGCUUUUUCUCUUACAGACGCGAAGUUUGUGCAAACUUUACCAUGAAUUCGAAAGGGUGUAAUUUCCAACUAACUCACCAGCUGCACAUAUUUUACCCUUUGAAGGGAAUCUUUGUCCAGAUGUCUUGCAGGUCCUCGCCUGAUUCAACAGACAAAGAGCAGUUUAUGUUUUGGAGAACCAGUUUACUAACAUGUCUUGCUAAAUCCAUAAAUAAAUAACUAAUCCUUUCUUCUACAAGUGUAGUAUCAGUAGUACAUUAGUGGCUGUCAGGGGCAUUAGAUCAACUCUAACCACACACAUUAAUUUCUGCCAAUUUAACGCCGGAAGUCAACGAGCUGCGAGAACUGAUUUAUUGAAUACCCAGGGCAACUGAGUCUACCUUCGUCCCUCCGAUGGCCGGCUGACGUCGCGCACAUUGGGAUUCCUGCCGCCCUCCCGCCCAUUGUUGUUUUUGGUUUAAAAUCCUGGUCAGGUGUUUGCUAUGUUGACCAGGCGGUGUGGAGUGGAACGCCAAGGUGCGGGUCCGACCGCGCCAUCCACCUACGUCCUUCGUCACUUCCGGUCUUCCUGACUUUGUCUUGACACCGGGCUCAGGUGGGGGAGAAGGAGAGGGUGCGGUAGAUACUGUGCAAGUCUGUUAUCACUAUAAACUAAUUCACGCGUAAGUCACCGUGUCUGCUCUCACUGUGCUGUGGAGCACACAGUGGACAUCGUCGGAUGCGACGAUCGAACUGUCGUGUUGCUUACGUGAGUCUGCACCAGAAUGCGGAAGUGACUAGACGAAUGAUGAACAUGUGAUUGGUUGGUCCAAGGGCUGAGUCGGGUGCGCAUGAUCCCGAGGGCCCACGAGUGACAACUGAGGCCGGCCAACGCGCUUGAGAUGACGCCAGUCUAUGGGUGCAGAUGUGACUUAACGCGGCCAGAAAAGAGACACUUCAGAUCAAGCCCGUGGUGGCCUGCAGGUUAAGCACGUUUGUCGCCAGAAAAGGGGACACCGGAGCGGCUGCGGCAGAUGUAAACGAAAAAGUGUCCUGGUGCAUAAUAAUAUGCAUGUUUGCAACUGCAUGCCUGCCGCCCUUUGGUGAGAGUGAAAGCGAACUAACCCCCCCCCCCCCUCCAUCACCGGGCCGAAAGACAUCUAAAAAGCAUUAUCAGAGAUAACGCAGCUAGCUUAUGGGGUAAACUGAGAACGCAGUUAUUUCUGGCUCAUUCGUGUUUCCCAUCAACACCUAUCUAUCUAUCUAUCUAUCUAUCUAUCUACCUACGGCAGGAUGCGGCGUGAUUAAUGUGCGCUGACACUCAGCCCACAUGGUCCACUGAUAAAGUCAAGCCAAUGGGUCACUCACGCGGGAAGAUUACAAGUUCGCGUCCUGAUCUCCUAAUAGCCCGUCUUUAACAGGGCAGCUUGGACAUUUCCCACUUUCGUAAGAAAUUCUGGUGCUUGUUUCUGGGGGGGAGCAGGUCACAUACGUGGCACGCGUAGACGACGUCACUAGCUAUGUCAUCCACUGCACCCAUUCCCGCAACAGACAGGUUCGGAAGGUGGCUGGGACCUGGGACUGAGAGGAGAGAGAGAGAGAGAGGGAACGUGACGUCGACGGUCUCAUCGCAUAUUCCUCGUUAUAUACACUCUGAUGCGCUUGAAUCUAUCACGGGACGUUGAAAGCUGUGGCUUGUAAGGUUGUUAACUAAUGAGCUAACCCAAUCCUCUCAGUCAACCCAGAGUGUGGGGGGUUGUAUCCUAGUUUCAAUUGUAUACUGAUCGCUUUUAUAAGACCAAACCAACUAUCCCUCGCAAGUCAGCCACCACUAAAGGCUUUCAAGGCUUUCCUUUACUUUUUUUAAAACUUACUACUUAUUCCCAUCGAGGAUGGAAGGGCCAUUUCUGACUUAUUUGUCGUCAGUAACCAACCACAACCUAUGAGGGCUGAUAUUUUAUACAGGGCUAGUUUGACUGUCAAGUUUCACGUUUAGUCAUAUAUAUAUAUAUAUAUAUACGGUUUAAGUGCGAGACAGAAUUUUGACUUUCAACCUUGCUACGGAGCGCAUGGACCUAUAAUCCUGGCAGAUGGUCGCCUAGCAACGUGCGUUCAGUGCUAAAGCAGUAUUAAGCACAAACCCCCCAGCGACCAAAAUACUCCCGCAUGAAUUAUUCGGCGCUGUCUGUCAGCCUGAUAUCCCAAUUUCAGGCUGAGGGAGCCGGAAGUAGUGGCCUUGCUCCAGCUAGCUGGUAAACCUGUAUAUCCAGGGACAAGCAAGCCACCAAGCAAUGCUUUGUUUUUCUCUACAUGCGAUAGUACCUACGGAAGAGUUUUCUCAAACUGUUUUAGGGAAUCCUUCACCCUGGAACUGUGUGAUGAACCAAAGGAACACCUUCCUCCCUUGAGGCUCAAGUCGCCUCCAAUCUACACGAAGCAUAUGUCGCGAAAACAGGUAACUGCUGUCUUGCUAAUCAAAUUUAAUCAAACUACGGGACAUGGUCGGCCUGUUGUGCUUUGGAGCCUCUGCAGACUGUCAAGCGGCGUAAUAAUAAUAAUAUAGAGCCCUUGAAGACUGUCAAGCGGGAGAAGUAUCGACAAAAACAAGGGAGUGUGGGAUAACCAUUUCUGACGGACGGCGGCUAGCAGUCUUUCUGGUCUUUGUCUCUAUUCCUCCUUCUGCAGAUAUAUGUCGUGUUGAGGAUUUUAGGAAGAAAUGAAUAGGGGGAGGCGAGUUCAUAGAUCGUUCAUGGACAUAGUACCUAUGCCGGGAGUACGGUAUAACACCUUUUCCAUAUAAAAUUCAUACUAAUUGUAGUAGCACCCGUUUGUAGAAUGGGCACUGCGUGGUUAUUCCACAAGCUGAUUGUCCUCGACUCGACUUUUCAGGGUCAAUCCAUGUCCCGCAUUUAAUAAUUUUUGAAAUUAUUAACUUGAUAUAUAUGUAUAUGUAGAAAAAGACGGGAAGGCUAUCGCUGGAACCAACUGUUUAUUUAUCCGAAAUUUCAAACUCUCACGUGAACCCAUAGGCAAGGAAGGAAAAAACUGUACAACUCAUCGCAUAUUUAGCUCACCUCUGCCGGGGAUGGCCUCUAGCUGCGCUGCUGAUUUGUUCACGCAGUGCUUGAUAAGCGAUUGGCAGAUCGAUAUGUCGAUUGAUCGAGUCCUCGGUUGACUGCCACGCUUCCUGCAGCAAGCGAGCAAGUAGGUCGUCCGACCGGCCCAAUAUUCUCACUCGCUGAAAGUCGAAACCGUGCCUAAGCGGGGAGACGUUGGCGGAUGCCAAGGGGAGCUUAUCCUUCCGUCUCACAGCCAACUGGUGCUCGUGCUCGCCAAUAUUAGGGCUGCUCGCUGAAAUAGUGUUGUAGUGACUAGGAGAGGAUGCCUUUCAAACUAUCAAGCCAAAAGGUGGCUCCGCUACGUAGAUGACACCUUUGUCGUAAUAAAGAACUGCAAAGUCGGGCGGCUGCAUCAAAGACUGUAUGAAGUCUUCCCAGCCAUACGGUUUAUCCGCAAAGAGGCCAUUAGAGACAGUUUGCCGUUUCUGGACGCGAGGAUACAAAAGUUGAGCGAUGGUAGCCUCGCAAGAAGCGUCCAUAGAAAAGAAUCUAAUUCCGAGAUUAUCCCCAGCUAUGGGAGCAACCACUCUGCAGCUUAUCAAGGAGCUGCGUCUGAACUCGGUUCCACUGGGCCUACCGUUAUUGCAACUGCAGCGAUCUCCUCAGGAAAGAGCUUGCUUGCCUGUAUCGGUUAUUUCAAUAUAACGGAUAUCCGAUUAGUUUUGUAAAGAACUGCCUCAGGCACCCGGCACAGCCACAGGACCCAACCCCAAACAGAGAUAUCGUAACACGAAAAUUCUACUCCCUGCCAUAUAUGCAGAGAACCUCUGCAGAGAACCUCACUCGGCAGUUAAAUCGCUUGGGUAUUCAAGUUGCCCACAAAGCGACAUGCGAUGAAUUCGCAAGUGACCGACCAGGCCGAGGCGAGAGGUGAAUGCGCGUGGACAGUGUGGGCAGGUGAAGUCGGUGGUGUCGAUGUCAGUUGCGAUGACGGUGAUGGGUGAUGAAUUGAUGAUGGGUGAUGAAGUGGGGAUGGGGUUUGGCGUGGUGGGUGAGUCGGGAGGGCGGCCAAUUCCGCUCUCGUGGAUGCGCAUGUGGCCGAAUAGGCCCACGCGGUGCGUGAAGGUGCGAGGGCAGUGUGGGCAGCGGAGGCGAGUGCGGUGGGUGUAGGUUGGUGCUCCAGGCACUGGUUCGCCAUUCUCUGUGCGAUGGAUUCGCAAGUGACUGACCAGGCCUAUAUGUGAGGUGAAGGUACAAUCUCAGUGAGGUCAGGUGUAGUCCUGGUCCUCACUCCUAGAGUCGGAGGUUGGAGGGAUGGUGUCUGUUGUUGUGUCAUGGAUGUGUGUGAUGCUGGUGUGAGUGACGACCACCAGAGCGGCCGUGGUUGGUGCAGUAGGGCAGGAGGAGGAGGAAGAGGCGGGGGAAGAGGAGGAGGGGGAGGAAGAAGAAGAAGAAGAAGAGGAGGAGGAGGAGGAGGAGGAGGAGGAGGAGAAGGAGGAGGAAGAGGAAGAGGGGGAGGACGGAAGUGGUGGUUCAGAAGAAUUGUCAGAGUUAGUUGGCGGCGGAGAGGACGAGGAAUAG